AUGAGCAAAGGCGACUACGUUCAGUUCGAACUUGUGCCUAUGGGAGACGAGUCUAACAAUCCACAACAUUUCAAAUAUGGGGAGUACCCCCCAUAUGUCGAAGUUGAAGGGAAAAGGUACUUAUAUAAUCCAGUGCCAAUGGAUGUUGCGAUAGAUGGGAUCGACUUGCCGCAUCUAACGCGACCUGAUCGGCGUCACCGCACCAAGUACUGGGUCACAAGGUUUCCAAAAAAGCUUCAAGGCCGAUUGGAACGCCAUGAAGACGACAAUGGGAUUGUCGUCGGUUGGGGCAUCCGGAUUCACGAGUGCCUUAACUGGUACCUGGUUUUCUCUCUUCUGCUUGUGUCCCUCGUGAUUAUCUGGGUAAACGUGGCCAUUUAUCUUGCAUUUAAGGCUGAUGACUCUUCGGGCUUUGGCUUGGGGGCUUUGCUUGCAGCAUUUGCAGCAGUUUAUGUGCCUCUUCAGUACCAAGCUUGGAAGGAGAAGGUUGAUUGA